AUGGAUGGCUCUUUCGUCGGGACAAAGAGGCUGAGGAAGUUGCGAAAUGAUCCUGAUGAGACGCACGUCUCCGGCGUGGAGUACGAGAGGAGACUUCGAGAGAUGUACGAGCGUUUACAUCCUCGACCAGCGUGGGCAAAGUCCGCUGCAAGCGCUUCCAACAACGCCACGAAUGCAGGUUUGUCCUCUCUACUUUCGAAAGCUGGGACGCUGGUUAGGCCCACCAAGCAGACCAAGCAAGCACCUCUCCCCCGGGAGAAGAUUCAGCUGCGAAGAGCUAGGGAUGCGAAUCAGGUGGUGACUUCUUCUGCGGGACAGGAUGGAGCAGCAGCUCUGGCUGGCAUCGAGUGCAUCGAUUGGCACCCCUCGACGAGGACCAGGUUGAUGCUCACUGCAAGCAGAGACAGAAUAGUCAGGCUCUUUGAGAUUGACGGCACGACAAAUCCGCUCUUGCAGUCCGUAUCUGUUCCAUCGCUACCCUUGACACGUGCUUCUUUUCAUCCUAGCGGCAGCAGCAUCUUGCUCGCGGGCCCACGGCCCUACCUCUAUGCAUACGAUCUCCAAUCUGGAAGAUCGAUUCGAUCGACACCAUGGAGAGGUGAUUCCAACCCGAUCGUGCAACAGGUGGCAGUGGCAGACUGUUGGCCGUUGGAGGAAGAAGAGGUGCUAUUCAUCUGCUGGACUGGGGAUCUGGAUCGAGGGGCGGGUCUGGCGUCCACGCUGAGAUCCAACUCUGCCGUGUGUGGCAUGUCGUGGGAUCAGAGCCCGAGCGCCGGAGGCAAUCGAUUAUUGACGCUAAACCAGGGCGGCACGGUGCACGUGUGGGACGUGAGAAGUAUGAGGGCGCAAGUGGAAAGGAGGGAUGUGGACCUGUUUGCUCCCAAAGGGCUCGAAGGAAACUGCGACGCCACGCUCUGGGCAGCUGGAAGCGAAGGAGGCGUCGUAUCUAUCUAUGACAAAGAACUUGCAAAGGCGGAUAAGAUGCAGGAUGAUGCGGCGCACAUUGGCACCGUGUCGGCCAGAAAGACCAUCGAAAACCUCAAGACUAGCAUCACUAGCAUGAAGUGGAACCACGAUGGAUCAGUAUUGGCCUUAGCAAGCAGGAGCGUCAAGGAUGCUCUGAGGCUAGUGCACGCUCCUACCCUGACCGCCUUUUCGAAUUGGCCAACUUCCAGCACUCCUUUGGGACACGUGACCGAUUUAGCCUUUUCCAACGCUUCCGAGUACCUUGCUGUGGCCAACAGCCGUGGCAAGGUGCUCCUGUAUGCUCUUUCACACUACAAUGCUUGA